AUGCCAAAAGAGAAGACUACAAAAAGAUCCUCAGGAGCCAAAAAACUCACCCAAUAUAAUAAAUUCAUGAAAAGCGAACUAGUCAAAGUUAAAGCCGAAAAUCCAACCGUGAACCAUAAAGAUGCAUUCAAAUUAGUCGCGCAACGUUGGAAAGAAUCACCGGAAAAUCCAAAGAAUAAGAAAGAGAAAGAGUAG